AAACAUUGGCCUCAAUUCACCUCUAUCGGUUCGCCUCCUGUGACGUCACGUAUUGACGCAUUUCCCGUCGCAGUCAAACUUCCGGGAAGCCUUUCGGAGGAAGAGACCGAGGAACACACAGCAGAAUGCUGGCCACCAGAGCCCUUCGCCUUGUUGGCAAGCGUGCCAUUUCCACAUCUGUGAGCGUACGUGGAGGACAUGGUGUUGCUAAGGUAGAAGAGUACACCCUACCUGCUUACUUUGACACACGAGAGAACCCCCUCCCUGAUAUCUCCUAUGUUCAGACCUUAAAUCCAGAGCAGAAAUCCCUGAAGGAGAAGGAGAAGGGCUCCUGGGCUGCACUCUCUAACGACGAGAAGAUUGCAUUGUACCGCAUCAGCUUCAAAAAGAGCUUUGCUGAGAUGAACCAGGGAUCAGCUGAGUGGAAGUCUGUCAUUGCAGGGAUGUUCUUCUUGGUUGGCCUCACUGGCCUGGUUGUGCUCUGGCAGAGAAAGUAUGUGUAUGGACCAGUCCCACACACAUUCCAACCCGAGUACAAAGAGAAGGAGCUGCAGAGGAUGUUGGACAUGAGAGUCAACCCAGUGGAGGGCUUCUCUGCCAACUGGGACUACGAAAACAAGCAGUGGAAAAAGUAAUUUUCAGACCCACAGGACCAUUUCACAUACUUGAAAAGAAAGGCAGACCAACUCAAAGAUACAAGAAUUACCUUUAUUUCUGUAUUUAUCACUUAUCCACAUUACCUCAGUCUGUGCAUUUUGGAAGACCUCUUCCUCCUAAGGUCAUCGUGUAUUAUAGAAAUAAGAAUAAAAAUGGCUAAAUUAA